AUGUUUCUCGUCGGUAUAAUCAUCCUGCUCUACGCCUCCCUGUCCCUUCAGUACUACGUUCCCGUCGCCAACCAGGGUCGUGACUCUGGCCUUUCUGCGCGAGAUACCGAUCAAGAGAUUCAUCCCAACAGGAUUGCCACCGUGGAGGAUUCUUCCACAGACAUCCACCUUGGUCAGCACGACGCUGUUAGUAGAGCACGCCUUGGCGAGCAAUGUGGCCCUAGCAAGAAGAAAUGCGAAUCAUACCUCUGCUGCUCUGCAGCUGGUUACUGUGGCCUGACAGCCGCGCACUGCAUGUCUCCGGAUUGCCAACUUGGUUAUGGCACAUGUGACGCUGAUAAAGUCCCUGUGGGCAAAUCCACGAAGAGAAUUCAACGCCCACACAUAGGAGGGGUCCCCUAUGGUGAAGUUAUUCUGUCUUGCAAGGCACCUUACACAUUUGCCAUGACGUACGAUGAUGGUCCCAACGAGUUCACCCGUGAUCUCCUGGAUAUCCUUGACAAAUACGAGGCCAAGGCGACAUUUUUCAUUACCGGAGUGAACAAUGGAAAGGGACAAAUUGAUGACUUUACCCGUCCAUGGGGCUCACUGAUCCAGCGUAUGCAUUACAGUGGUCAUCAGAUUGCCAGUCAUACAUGGUCCCAUGAAGAUCUGACGGCUUCACGUAAGCUACGAAAGAAGCAAAUUCUGAAGAACGAGGCAGCACUUCGAAACAUCAUCGGCGGAUUCCCAACUUACAUGCGUCCUCCGUACUCCAAAUGCGAUGAAAACUGUUUGAGGGAUAUGGAAAAGCUCGGAUACCAUGUGAUUUCUUUCAACAUGGACACAGCUGACUAUCUCAACGAUGACCCUAAAAAGAUCCAGCUAUCCAAGGAUAUUGUCGACAAAGCUUUGACCGAUCCAAACCUCGAUGGUCGCCCAUACCUGGCCAUUGGACAUGACAUUCAUGCCCAAACAGUCUAUAACCUGACCGAGCACAUUUUACAGCGCGUCAAUGAUGCCGGAUACCGAGCAGUCACUGUUGGAGAAUGUCUGGAGGAUCCUCGUGAUAACUGGUAUCGCUGGGACUACAGAUCUGUUUGA